AUGACACAUGCAUUUCUACAGUCUGAGUUGACCAGCCUAAUAUCAGACUCAAAACGAAGAUACAAUCAUGUGCGCACGGCUGCCGAGCAGUCGCUUGCCGACCUCAAAGCCAUAUCGGUAACAUCAGAGACGCAAUUGGCCGCAGAUCUUUUUCGCCGACCUCAGUUUGUUGACCCGUUGGUCCUCGCCUGCAAAUCUAAAAAUGUUAAGCUGGCAUGCACCGGAACUAUUUGCCUGCAGCGAUUGACGGCCAGCAAGGCGGUCGCUCGAGCGAGGUUACCUGAUGUUCUAGACGCCUUCCAUGAUGGCAUAGCUUCCGGAUAUGAGCCUCAGCUAAAGAUCCUCCAAACUCUACCCUCGCUACUUCAGCUCUAUGCGAGCGAUUUGUCCGGCAAUCUUCUGGCGAGAACGUUAGAGAUAUGUGCAACCCUCCAAUCCAGCAGGACUGCCAUCGUGAGUAACACAGCUUCCGCAACGUUUCAGCAACUUGUUUCUACCGUUUUCGACGAAGCUGGAAAGGGAGAGAAGGUCCGCGUUUCGAGUGACGGAGAAACAAAACAGUACGACAAAGAUCAAGAGUACCAGGAGGCGUCGCUGGAAGACGCUCUUCGACUCUUCGACGAUCUCUGUCUCCUUCUGGACCAACAGCAGCCCAAGUUCUUGAAAGUGGAGAAUCUCCCAUCUGGAUUUCUUCUUGAAACACUGCAGCUGAUCAUGUCAACUCAUGGCUCGUUCAUCAUAUCCCAUGCCAACCACGUGCGAGCAUGCGGGGACCACCUUAUGCGAGGUCUGUCGCGUAUCCUGUCCAGAAAAGACGCCUUUGGCAUGCUCGUCCGCGCCUUGUCUAUCCUGCUCUUGAUCAUGCAAGGCUUUGCCGAUGAGCUUCAGGACCAGCUCAUCCAAGUUAUUCCCUCGCUUGUCAAUGCUUUAGAAAAAGACGGAAAUCCGAUGUGGAAACGAACGCUUUGCCUUGAAUUCUUCCGUAACGUCUGCUCGGACUUUGGCGUCAUGCGCAAACUGUUCGAAUUGUUCGAUGAUCGCGAAGAUUCCGAAAAUUUAAUUGGACCAUUGUUGUCUGCAUUGGUUCGCAUUGCAGCAGAAGAUCCCUCGCUCAUUGGAUUGGGCCGUCAAUCCACCAUCCCUGUCCAGCGGGUGAACGACAUCAAAAGUGAAGAGGCGGCAUCCAUUGAAGCGCAAGGUCUUGGUGGCGCCAUAACAUCGGUACCUUCGGGGGAUGCCGGUAUUACCGGCAUCAGUCUGGAAUGGAGCGUUAUCCAUACGCCGCUCAUGGAACAGGGCGAAAAACAGGUUCCGCCGGCAAUCCCGAGUACUUACAUUUAUACCCAGGCUUUAGGGUGCAUUGCAUCUUUCUGUGACGGUCUGUCGAAAUUCAUCAUGCCCCUCAGCGUUCCCAGUCGCCCUUCACGAGAGUCGCUAGAUAGCGGCGGGAGAGAUAGCCCAGGCCCUGAACCUGCCAACGAUGAGAUCAUUCGCAGACAGACCCGGCCAUCUACUUCGGCUCAAAAAUACCAACGUCUUAUAAACCCGUUGACACUGACUAAACAUCCGCUACAUCCCCAGAUCCGGAUUUGUGCCACCAUGAUUGAGACUUGCUGGCCCGCUGCUCUUGCGACGUGCUCGACAUUUCUCAACUCGGCCUUGGACUCUGAAUUUUACCACAUCUUGAUCCGAUCUGUUCAGAAGCUGGCUCAGGUCUCUGGAGUCUUGGAGCUGUCCACCCCGAGAGAUGCCCUGCUCACUACUUUGGCUAAGGCGUCGAUCCCAACAAACGCCAACAGUGUCAUAUCAACUUAUCACAAUUCAAACACAAAUCGAGUGGUUAGUUCUGAACAUGAUAAUCCUCAUGACAGGAUCAAAUCCCCCACCGAACCGCCUCCGACUCCGACGUUUCCAACCACCGGUCCCGCUCUGAAUGUCCGGCAUUUGCUUUGCCUGCGAGCCUUAUUGAAUCUCGGGAUUGCCCUGGGACCGACGCUGGAGCAGGAUGCCUGGUUCAUUCUCAUCGAGACCAUGCAAAUAGUUGAGGCCCUGAUCGCCAUACCUACCACCAUGUCGGCGAGUUCACAGACGGACAGCCCGAGGGUUGGAGUGUCAUCCCAAGACGGUCAAAAUACCCUUGCCGGUGAGAUAGCCGCCGUACAAGCAGCGACGAAAAGGAUGCUCGACAGCACACGGAGCUACAGUGCCGAGUCUUUUGCCGUGGUUGUGCAGGCACUCCUUCGACUUCUGGGUCGGACUGGUGCCGAAGACGCUGCGCAGUUGAUACCAGACAAUACUGGUUCUCCAGUUUCCCCGACAAGGCUAGCACCUACAAGUCCAGCACAUCAUUCCUCUCGAAGUAUAUCCGGUCUGUGGACCAAGUCAAAAUCAUUGGACCUCGAGAUUGGAUUCGUUUUGAACAAAAUCAGCGAAUUGUCCCGCAUUAACAUCCACCGUUUCGCAUCCACUACAGAGCUGUCUUGCUCAUGGAACUUGAUCGGGUCGCGAUUAUUGCGUCUUUCACAAGACCCCGUUAUUUCUGGCAGUCACCGCAUACAGUCAGCGAGCAUCCUGGAUUUGAUCUCCAUGGACACGGUGAAACUCCUUGAUGAUUCACGUUUCGAAACUGAGGAGGCCGAUCAAAUUCGAUCUCGAUGUCUAGAGUCGUUAUUGAAGCAGUUAACCUCCCUUGGUCAGACUCGGCUCGAAAAGCAGGAAGGAAUAGAGCUGGAAGUUCACAAAAGGCUGCUUGAAGCUUUAGAAAGCAUGCUGAGCCACAGCGGAGAGUCACUGAACAACAGUUGGCCGAUAGCUCUGGAGAUUUUGUCAUUGUCCUAUUCAAAAGGGGGACAGGGUCAACCCCAAACGAGCAACGCCUCGAUAGAUCAAGCAGAAAGAAACGAACAGCAUGCCCAGAUCUUACGAGUUGCAUUCCGGUCGAUUCAGCUGAUUACUUCCGACUUCUUAAGCGUUCUGACCGUUGUCUCGCUGGCUAGGUUGGCCCAAUUACUCCGCCAGUUCAGCUCUCAGGACUACGACUUAAACGUGGCACUUACGAGCACCACUCUUCUUUGGAGUCUCGCAUCCCAGGUCCUGACCAGAAUUGAGAUGGUCGACCUAACAAGGAUACCAUCUCUGGACACGUCACUGGACGAACUUGAUUCCUCGGCGACAGCUGCUCUCUGGAGUGUGAUCCUGCUGCAGUUGAUUCAACUCUGCAAAGACGAACGGCCUGAUGUCCGCAAUGCAGCCAUCAGAGUCCUUCUCAAGAUGUUUGAGGCAUCGAGCGAAAGUCUGAGUCCAAGUACCUGGGCCAUUACUCUCGUCGUCGGGCCUUUAAGCGCCAUACGGUUUUCCGUUGAACAAUACACUUCAGGAGAGACCGAUCAGUCCGCCUGGCUGGUCUCAGCCGCUCAGCUGACAGACGGCAUCAUGCAGCUCAUCACGCAAAACCUGAAGGUGAUUGCCGCGCACGAUGGCUUUAAGAAUACUUGGCGCCAUAUUAUGGAAGUCUUUGAAGGUGUAUUGAGCACGACGUCCCUCUCGGCCUCCUCUUUGGCUUUCUCGAAUUUGUCCAGGAUAUUGGCAGCCCUCCCAGCCUUGGGGCAAGUUGACGCAGAGUUGAUUGUCCCUGCACUGCGCAUAUGGGCAUCGUACCACCCCGCCGGAAUUCGGAAAGAAUCGCAAUCCAGCGAAAGGCGAAGUGAAGAAGUCCCUAAUCAACCGGCGUUCACAUCGCACGCCCAUGUACUUGUUGAGGCGUACAACGCCAGUCCCACAGCCCUAACGAGCUACCAACUUGGCGAACGUAGAAUAGUGCCCUUGAUGAUGGACUCUCUCGAACGAGCAGUACUUUUUUGCUCACACCCGCCCUACACCAGCGACGUGAAAAGCUUGUCACCGGAGCAGAAGGAGGUCUUUAAUUGCCUGCGGAUAUUGAAAACCCUUCUUCGAGACUCUGUGGCAGAAUAUUCACGGUAUCUGCUCCAGCUGUUGAAGAACUCUCUGGGUAUUCAAGAGGGAAAAAUUGGGUCUCGAUCGAAGAGAUCAGCCAUUUUCAAGUCCGUGCAGAAACCCACAUUCGUCGCCUUUGCAUCAGCGUGUCUAGACGAUCUCCGUAACUUGGCAUUGGAGCACGCAAACAGUAACAACGUUACGGAAACUCUGGCAGUGCCCGAGUCUCUUACCGUUCUGUCAUCGCUAAUCAGGACCAAAUACACAGAGAUUCCCACGAAUCACCAAGCACCUCUAUGGCGAAAUGCAACAGCGACGGCCGUGGUGAUGUUGGAGGUGCUGCAGCACCAUGUACACCAAAACAAGCCAGCAAAGGAUUCGCGCAAUGUCGGCGGCAUCGCAGCUCCCGCCAUUUCCCUUGCAUUCAGUAUUUUAGGAUAUGGUGGAUUAUCAAAUCCACCAGCAAAGCAGACAGAAGAGGCACUGGUGGAAGAUGAAACAUUUGACAUUGAACACUUCCAAUUGCUCCACAAAGCGGUGAUUUCAGUCUUCCAGCAUGCCGCAAUAAAGGAGGACGAUUGCAGGCAAUAUGCGAUUACCCUGUUCAACGCGUCGCUUCUCGCUAAACCAUGGUACUACGACAUCCCAGACGACCUAGCAAAGGAACCACUCAAAGGUAUAAUGGAAGUCAGACAAGGCAGUGUUCACCAGCCAAUAUUCGCGGUCAGAACAAGGAUAUGUUACACGGCAUUGGACGCGUUAUUUGGACUCGUUCAACAGCCAGGUCAACCAGACGAAAAUUCUGAUGGAGUGAAGCCUAUAUCUCACAAGUGGGCGUGGGCUGCCUGUCCAUACCUGAUCUUGCGCGUUGUACAUCCUCUGAAGACUUUCCUUGCGGACCAGCGUCUGCGUGGACUGACUCCUCCGCCAAUGCCGCAGCAAGUCGAGCUUCAAAGGGUACUCCACGAGUUCGUUGAUUUACACAGCGACGCCGUGGCGCUGAAGCGACUAACCAGCUCGAUCCGCAAUCACAGCCACGAGCAGACAAGAAAUGGUAGCUCGGAGGUUCCUAACCCCGGAACAGACGGGAAAGAACAUCUCCGUGCGCUGUACCUAUUGAAUCUCCGCAUGCAGAAAUUCUGGCGUGGGUUGCCUAGGUUGAAAGGAGAGGGAGCAUGGCAGACAGAUGAGCCGGGCAGGGGGAUCGAGGAGGCUUUGGAACGGUGGAGUGCGAGUGUUGGGGAAGGCUGGGGAUUCGGAGACACAGCAUAA